AUGUUAUUUACGUGUGCGGUUGUAAGAGCAGUCCAUCUGGAAUUGGUUCCAGAUUUGAUAACUGAAUGUUGUAUAAGAGGGUUGAGAAGGUUCAUUGCCAGAAGGGGCGUUCCUGAUGUUGUAUACUCUGAUAAUGCCAAAACGUUUAAGAGAACAGACCUUGAAUUAAGAAAAUUAUCCGCUAUCUUGGAAUCAGAAAAGAUUCAGGAUUUAGUUAGAAAGCACCGAAUUCAUUGGAGGUUUAUAGCGGAAAGAGCUCCAUGGUGGGGUGGCUUUUGGGAGAGAAUGGUAAAAACCGUUAAAGACGCAUUAAAAAUAACUUUAGGUAGAGCAUACGUCGAACGAGACGAAUUAGAAACUAUUUUAAUAGAAAUCGAGGCGACAAUAAAUUCUCGUCCACUUACGUAUAUCAGUGAUGACUCAACAGAUUUGACUAAAUUAUCUCCUUCUCAUUUUUUGACUGAAGUAAGAUUUUGUAUGAAUUUAACCUCGAAGGAGAUAAGUAGAUCUGAAAUAUUGAAAAGGUGGAGAGAUAGAGAGAAAACGUUGAAAAGAUUUUGGGACAGGUGGCGUUCCGAUUAUUUACAACAAUUGCGGACAGCGCAUCUAAGAAAAUCGAUAAAUGCAAUAUCAUUGAAUAUUGGGGAUAUUGUUUUGGUGCAAGAAAACAGUCCUAGGUUGCAGUGGAAGAUGGGCAGGAUUGUGAAUUUGUACCAAGGUAGAGAUGGUAAAAUAAGGGCAUGUGAAGUAAAGUUAAGUGGCGGAACUACAUUACGACGACCAGUCCAACUCUUGUACCUCUUGGAGGUACAAGCCUUUUCGCCGGGGGAGGAUGUGGAGAAUUUUGGUAUGAAAUAA